UGUUAUUCCGAAGUUCUGUUGCAUAUUCAAACAGUAUGUGAAACUGUUAAUAUUCUUGGAAAUGAUUUGAAAGUGUUACCAUUUUUUCUUUAUAUUAUCAGUAAUAGAGAAAAGUUAAAAGAUCUUAACCAUGUGGAACUACCUUAGGGGACAAGAAUGACUUAGGAUAUAGGUAAUGGUUAAGGUUCGGACCUUUCUUAUGUAAUCUAAAUUUAGCCUUUUCUUUUAUUCUUGAUUCUUGAAGCCACUGUUUCCUUUCUCUCUCAUUUUGUCUUCUGUCACUUUGUUUUGUUGGUUCCUCUUAACUUGGACCAAAGGAGGAACAGACAAAGAUUUACUUGUGCUAAGCGAGCUGGGAUAUACAAGAUCUGCGCAUAGAGACACUUCUCUGUUUAUUUCUGUCUGAUGGCAUCAUCAUCAUCUCAGUUCUCUCGAAUAAAACAUGAUGCCUUUAUCAGCUUUUGCGGCACAGAUACACGUUCUGGUUUUCUUAGUCAUUUGAAAAAAGAAUUGCGGCAUAAGCAAAUUGAUGCCUUCGUGUAUGAUAAUAAGCUUGAGAGAGGAGAUCUAAUAUCACCAGAACUUUCUGUAGCAAUAGAAGAAUCAUUCAUUUCGCUUAUCAUAUUUUCAAAGAGCUAUGCUUCUUCGACAUGGUGCUUGAAACAACUGGUGAAAAUCAUGGAGUGCAAGGACAAAUAUCAACAGAUUGUGAUUCCUGUUUUCUACGACAUUGAUCCAACAGAUGUAAGGCACCAAAAGGGGUAUUAUGCAGAUGCUUUAGCUCAGCAUGACUCAAGUUACAAGGAAGAGGUGCCAAAUUGGAAAUAUGCCUUGAAUAAAGCUGCUAAUUUAUCUGGAUUUCAUUCAUCAAAGUAUGGGGAUGAAGCUAAGCUUAUUGAAGAAAUUGCCAAAUCCAUGUCAAACAAGUUGAAUAAUGUGUAUCAAAGUGACUUCACAGACCUUGUUGGCAUUGAUGAAAGAAUUGCAGAUUUAGAAUCUCUAAUGGAUCAAGGGUUAGAAGAUGUCCGUGUCAUUGGAAUUUGGGGCAUGGGCGGGAUUGGCAAGACAACUAUUGCUGCAGCAGUUUUUAAUCGAUUUUGUUCUGAAUAUGAAGGUUGUUGUUUUUCGGCAAAUGUAAGGGAAGAAUCAAAGAAAGGUGGGAUUAUCCAUGUGAAGAACAAAAUUCUUUCUAUACUACUGAAGGAAAAUGAUUUAUACAUUGGCACUCCCUAUGGUGUACCCCCUUAUGUGAAGAGAAGGCUUCUCCGGAAAAAGGUUCUUGUUGUUCUUGAUGAUGUUAAUGAUUUGGGUCAACUAGAAAAUUUAGUUGGAGCAUUUGAUUGUUUUGGACCAGGUAGUAGAAUCAUUAUUACAACUAGAGAUAAGGAAGUACUUGGUCAAAAGGUUGACAAAAUUUAUGAGGUGAAGCCACUGGAUUAUGAAAAAGCACUCCAACUUUUCAACAUGAAUGCCUUUAAACAAAGCUUUCUAGACAUGGAAUGGAGUGAGCUAUCAAAGAGGAUGGUUGCGUAUGCUAAGGGACUUCCAUUGGCUCUUAAAGUUUUGGGUUCUUUUCUCUAUGGGAAAAGUAAAGAAGAAUGGAAAAGCCAGUUGAAAAAGUUGGAGAAAAAGCCAUUCAAAAAAAUCCAUGAUUUGUUGAGAUUGAGCUACAAUAGUCUAGACCGCCAACAGAAAGAGAUCUUUUUGUAUAUCGCAUGUCUUUUCAAAGGAUAUCAAUAUCGUGAAAUAAUAGCUCUUCUAGAUGCUUGUGGUUUUACAACAACUAUUGAGUUAAAAGUGCUUCGAGACAAAGCUCUUAUAACUGAAGUCAUUAAUUUAGUAUCUAAAAAGCCCAUGGUAUCUAUGCAUGAUUUGAUACAGGAAGUGGGCUGGGAGGUUGUUCGUGAAGAAUCAAUAAAAGAUCCUGGAAAACGCAGUCGUUUAUGGGAUCCUGAUGAUAUUUAUGAAGUACUGAUAAAUAAUAUGGGGACUGAAACGAUUCAAAGCAUAAGUCUGGACAUGACAACAACUGGAGAUCUGUCCUUAAAUCCUCAAGUCUUUGCUAGGAUGCACAAGAUGAAGUUUCUUAAAAUAUUUACUCAGAUAUCUUCCUUGGAUGCACGUGUUCAUCUACCUCAAGGCCUUGAAUUUUUGCCCAAUGAACUAAGAAUUCUUCUUUGGCAGAAUUACCCUUUGAAAUUCCUGCCUCCAACAUUUUCUGCAGAAAAUCUUGUUCAACUUGUUAUGAACUACAGCAAUGUGGAAAAACUUUGGGAUGGAGUUGUGCCUCUUGUGAAUUUAAAGAAAUUUGACCUCAGGCACUCUACGAAUCUGCUAGCUCUCCCAGAUUUUUCUACGGCCAAUAAUCUUGAAUCGGUCUCACUGUUCAGUUGUAAGAACUUGCCUCUUGUUCAUCCAUCUAUUUUAUCUCUCCAAAAGCUUGAGUCCUUGGAUCUAUCAUACUGCGAAAAGCUUACCAGUCUUGUGAGUGAUAUACCUUUGAAAUCCCUCCGAUCACUCCGUCUAGCUUGCUGCUCAAGACUGAAGAAAUUCUCAUUGACAUCAGAGAACAUGAGAGAGUUAGAUUUAUCAGAGACAGCUAUUGAGGAAUUGCCAUUGUCCUUAGGAUGUCUCAGCCAGCUUGAAACAUUAUCUCUAUGGCGUUGUGAAAGUCUCAAGCAUCUUCCAGAUAACUUGGUUGGCUUGAGAUCUCUGCGUUAUCUCAAGGUAACUGGUUGUAUGAAACUUCAAUCUCUACCAGAGCUUCCACCAUCCAUUGAAACAUUAUGGGCUUCAGAGUGUUCUUCCUUGGCGACCGUACCAGUAUCUUCUGAUCCACUCAACACAAACAUGAAGGAAAUUCGUCUGGCAAAUUGCAUGAACUUGGAUGAAAAUUUGCUCAAUGAUAUUGGAUGGAACAUUCAUCUCAAGCUGAUGAAUCAUUAUGCAUUUGAACGGGUAUCCUCAGAAGACCAGGAGGAGCAAAUUGAUGUUUAUGUUCGAACUGGAGGAAUAUACCCUGGAAGCAAAGUUCCAAACUGGUUCAAGUAUAGAACAUCUCAGGCUUCGAUAACUAUUGGUGUGAAAUUCAAUAUUCCUGAUGCCUUCAUUUUCUGCGUGGUUCUUUCUCAGUUCCCAUUAAGCAGUUUCCUUAUCUCCAUCGCAGUUGACUGCUUCCUGGAAAACAAUGAUGGUGAGAAGCUUCAUGUUAAGUCUUUGGACCUCGUGUUGCCUGGCACAGAGCUUAAUUCAGAUCAUGUGUGUUUAUUUUACGUCGAAUGUUUGGGUUUUAUAACUGGAAGGAUUGAAGAAAGUAGAGACUGUUAUGAGCACAAAGUUUCAUUCGAAUUCUCGGCUCAGUCAGAGGUUGAGCAAGAAGAGGAGGAUAAAGAGCAAGAAGAGGAGGAUAAAGAGAUUGUGAUAAAAGGGUGUGGGGUUUACCCGAUAUAUGCCUCGCAACUUAAUUUCAUAGGGGAUGUUAACAGGUUAAAACCCAGAAAAGUUGGAGUUCAGAGCUGUGAUGAGCUCCGGCCACUUCCUCCGUUGUUGGAAGCCGGUGAAGCCAUUGAUGAUCCUGAAAGUUCUGGUGAGAAGAAAGAUGAGGAAGAGAGAGUCUUUUUAGCUCAAAAAUCCAGCGGAUAUAUAUUUUCACCACUUCCAACUGGAACAUGGAAGAAACCAACUCAAGGCUUGAAAGAUCUUGUCAACCUAUGA